AUGGUUAAGUCAUAUAAUCGUUAUGAUCAAGAGAAAUGUUUUGGUGUAAUUACUUCACAAUCUAACAUUGUUUGGUUACCACCAUCAGAAACUCAAUCAAAUACAUCAGUAGGAAGAGCAUUAACUUCAGGACUUGAAGAAAUUUUAAUUUGGGAUAUUAAAACUGGUGAAAUUUUAAAUAGAUUUAGAGAUGGAUUAAAUCCAGGAUCUUCAAAUGCAUCAACUACUGUACCACCAUCACCUAUUAGUUAUUUAACAUAUCAUGAAAUUAAUAAUAUUAUAGCUGCGGGAUAUAAUGAUGGAUCAAUUAAAAUUUGGGAUGUUAGUUCUGGAUCAGUUAUUAUUAAUUUCGAAGGUCACAAAUCUCCAAUUACUCAAUUAAAAUUUGAUAAAAGUGGAACUAGAUUAGUUUCUGGUUCAAAUGAUACUACUAUUAUUAUGUGGGAUUUAGUUGGUGAAGUUGGUUUAUUUAAAUUGAAAGGUCAUAAAGGUCCAAUUACAGGAAUUGAAUUCUUAAGUGAAUCAAUAACCAGUGAAGAAGAAGAAGAAGAAGAAGAUUUGGAUGCUAUGGAUGAUUAUUUAGUUAGUGUUUCUAAAGAUGGGUUAAUUAAAUUAUGGGAAUUAAAAUCUCAACAAUGUAUUGAAACUCAUUUAGCUCAUUCUAAUGAAUGUUGGUCAAUGGCUAUUAAAAAAACUAAAGAUAUGUUAAUUACAAGUGGUAAUAAAGAUCAAGUUAAAAUAUGGAGUUUGGAUCUUUCUCAACAAGAUGGAUCUAAAAUUCAAGAACGUGGAAGUUUUGAAAAAUCUAGUAAAUCAAGAAGUAAUGAAAUUUCAUUUAAAUCAUUGAAAACUUCAUCAUCAUCUGAAAUCAUUCAAUUAUUUUCUAUUCAAAAUGCUGAUAGAACCAUUGAAAUUUUUAGAAUUAGAUCAGAUGAUGAAAUCAAACGUGGUAUUACUAAAAGAACAAAAAGAUUAAAAGAUAAAGGGUUAGAUGAAGAAGAAAUCUUGGAAUCUUUACAAAAUUCCGAAAUAAGUAUGUUGGUUACGCCAUUUACAACUAUAAGAACUAUGGCCAAGAUCAAAUCUGCUUGUUGGACUAAUAAUAUUAAAAAAAUGGAUAUUUUGGUUUCUUUAGCUAACAAUAGUAUUGAAUAUGAUAAUAUUCCAGUACCAGAAAAUCCAAAGAAAGCACAACCAACUGAUUUAUACUCAGUAAAGUUACAUUCGAUUGAUUUAUUAGGUCAUAGAACUGAUAUUAGAGCCAUGGAUAUUUCACCAGAAGAUAAUAAACUAUUAGCUACUGCAUCUAAUGGAGAAUUGAAAAUUUGGAACACAAGGACGUAUAAUGUUAUUCGUACUUUUACAUUGGAAGGUGGUUAUGCAUUGUGUUGUAAAUUUUUACCUGGGGGUGCAUUAAUUGCUGUUGGUUUUAAAAAUGGUGAUUUAGAAUUGUAUGAUUUGGCUACUUCAUCAUUAGUUGAUAAAGUUGAAAAAGCUCAUAGUCUUGUUGGAGGUAUGUCCGAUGAUGAUAGUGCCGCUAUUUGGUCUCUUGAUAUAACUCCAGAUGGUAAAACAUUAGUAACUGGUGGUAAUGAUAAAUGUGUCAAGUUUUGGAAUUUCAAAGUUGAACAAGAUGUCAUUCCAGGUACUAAUACUACUGUUUCACAAUUGAAAUUUGUUCACACACAAACUUUAGAUUUGAAUGAAGAUGUUCUUUGUGUUAAGAUUUCCCCUGAUGCUAAAUAUUUGGCAAUUUCAUUAUUGAAUAAUAAUGUUCAAGUUGUUUUCUUGGAUACAUUGAAAUUAUUCCUUACAUUAUAUGGACAUAAAUUACCGGUAUUAUCAAUUGAUAUAUCAUCUGAUUCAAAACUUUUAAUUACUUCUUCAGCUGAUAAGAACAUUAAAAUCUGGGGGUUGGAUUUCGGUGAUUGUCAUAAAUCAUUAUUUGCUCAUCAAGAUUCCAUUAUGAAUGUUAAAUUCAUUGGUGAUAGUCAUAAUUUCUUUUCGAGUGGUAAAGAUGGAUUGAUUAAAUAUUGGGAUGGUGAUAAAUUUGAAUGUAUUCAGAAAUUACCAGCACAUCAAAGUGAAGUUUGGUGUAUGGCCAUCAGUGAUAAUGGAUUAUUUAUGUGUUCCACAUCCCAUGAUCACUCUAUUAGAUUAUGGCUGGCUACAGAUGAUCAAGUUUUCAUAGAAGAAGAAAAAGAAAAAGAAUUGGAUGAAAUGUAUGAGAAUAAAUUAUUGGAUCAAAUUGAUGGCAAUGAAGAUGAUGCAAGAGCAACCAGAAACGAAGAUGAGGAUGGUGAUGAAAUGGUUGACGAAUCCACUAAAGUCAGUAAACAAACGAUGGAAACCUUGAAAGCUGGUGAAAAAUUAAUGGAAGCUUUAGAUAUUGGUAUUGAAGAAAUUGAAUCUGAAAAGGAAUAUCAAGCAUUGAUUAAACAAGGUAAAGAAGCCAUUAAACCUACACCAAAUUCCAUAUUAUUGGCUUUUGAUAUGACUGCUAGUCAAUAUGUUUUAAGUGUGUUGACAAAAAUUAAAGCAUCUCAAUUAGAUGACGCUUUGUUGGUAUUGCCAUUUUCAUAUUCAUUGAAAUUAUUACAAUUUAUUGAAAUUUGGACCAAUAAGGAAAACAUUUCUGGUAAUAUCGUUAGUAUUUCCUUGAUUUGUAAAGUUUUGUUUUUUGUUAUCAGUGCCAAUUCCAAAGAAUUGAUUAGUCAAAAGGAUCCUCAUUUGAAGAACCAAUUGAUGAAAGUUAAAGAACAAUUAAGAAGCGAAUUACUGAAUACAACAAAACAAUUGGGUGUUAAUACUCAAGGUUUGAAAUUUAUAAAACAGCAAUGGAAAUUGCAACAUGCUAGUGAAUUUAUUGAUGAUGAAGAAGAAGAACAAAGAAAACAAAUUGAAGAAAAGAAAUCAAACAAGAGAAGCCAUGCUAAUGUAUAG